AUUUUACAAAGAAAAAAAAAGAUCAGGUGGUCACUACACCAGUUCAUCAUUCCCAGACUCUCAGCCAAAACCACUACACUGCUAACAGGACAUGGCGGUGGCCCCAACACCAAAGUUGGACAUGGAAGCAGACUCCUUUGCACCUAAGGUUCGAGCCACCGUCGUCCAGGCCUCUACUGUCUUUUAUGACACUCCCGCCACUCUUGAUAAGGCUGAGAAGUUAUUGGCAGAGGCAGCUAGUUAUGGAUCCCAGUUGAUUGUGUUUCCAGAAGCAUUUAUCGGCGGUUAUCCUCGUGGGUCAGAUUUCGGCUCAACCAUUGGGAGUGUAACAGAUAAGGGCAGGGAGGAUUUCUGCAAGUAUCUUGCUGCAGCCAUUAAUGUACCUGGUCCUGAAGUGGAUAGAUUGGCAGCAAUGGCUGGAAAGUAUAAGGUAUAUUUGGUAAUAGGAGUGAUAGAGAAGGAUGGAUAUUCUCUCUACUGUACUGUACUCCUUUUCGAUUCUCAAGGCCAUUAUAUUGGUAAGCACCGAAAGCUCAUGCCCACAGCAGUCGAGCGUGUAGUUUGGGGUUUUGGGGAUGGAUCAACUCUUCCAGUUAUUGAAACUCCAAUUGGAAAAAUAGGUGGUGUCAUUUGUUGGGAGAAUAGAAUGCCACUUCUAAGAACUGCUAUGUAUGCUAAAGGUGUCCAAAUAUACUGUGCUCCUACUGCUGAUGCCAGGGAUACGUGGCAAGCAACAAUAAAGCACAUUGCUCUUGAGGGCGGAUGCUUUGUGCUGUCCGCCAAUCAAUUCUGCCUGCGGAAAGAUUACCCACCUCCUCCAGAGUACAUAUUCUCUGGCACAGAAGAAAACCUUUUUCCAGAUUCAGUUGUCUGUGCUGGAGGUAGUGCCAUUAUAUCACCCUUGGGAACGGUUUUAGCAGGACCCAAUUAUGACGGGGAGGCACUGAUCUCAGCAGACCUAGAUCUUAGAGAAAUAGCAAGGGCAAAGUUCGACUUCGAUGUGGUGGGCCACUAUUCAAGGCCUGAAGUUCUCAGCUUGAUUGUGAGGGACCGUCCCACAAAACCAGUUACUUUCACAUCAGAAGAAAAAACUGAAGACUCGCAGAUAGUCGACUCCUGACCAGCCAACAGUCUGCAUUAAUAAUUGGUUGGCCAACACCACCUUGGCUACAGAGAUCAGACAAUGUAGUAUCUUUCUUUUAUCGGCGAGCUCCAUCUUGCAUGAAAAUUUGUGUUCUGUUUCUUCUGCCUACUGAAUGUAAUUACAGUGAGAAACUAGCUUAAAGUACAUGUGAUGUAAUAACGCGCGGUCUGGUCCAUUCUUUUCAGUGAGUUCUUGUAAUUGUAAAUGGAUCCUGACUAGCCAUAAGGCAGAGUGUCGUGUGCCUGGACAAUUCGUUAAUAUCAUCAGCUGCUGGCUUUCUUCAAA